AAGCUCAACUUCAAACCUCUCCUCUCUCUCUCUCCUCCUCCACCUUAUGAGAAUAGCCUAUAAAACCCAUUCACAUCUCCCACUUGGUUUGCAUCACAAACAUCUCCCCCAUUACACAGCAAAAACAAAUAAUUCAGUUUUGUUUUGUCUUUGUAUAAGUUCGAGUCACAAGUUCUUCGUUGUUCAGCUACUUCUUCUCCCUUCCCACUGGUGUCAAAACACGAAGUGGGUUUGUUUUCGUUUCUGAACAAAGAAAAUGGAUUUCUCCGCCAUGGUUCUCACUCUCCUCGCCGGAGCUUUCUUCCUUUACUUUCUCCGGUGUCUAAUCUCACAGCGCCGCCGUGGAUCCUCGAAACUUCCACUCCCACCGGGAACAAUGGGUUGGCCUUACGUCGGCGAAACCUUCCAACUUUAUUCUCAAGACCCAAAUGUCUUUUUCCAAUCCAAACAGAAAAGGUAUGGAUCGGUGUUUAAGACCCAUGUAUUGGGAUGUCCAUGUGUGAUGAUCUCGAGUCCAGAGGCGGCCAAGUUCGUUCUGGUUACGAAAUCUCAUCUCUUCAAACCGACUUUUCCGGCGAGUAAAGAGAGGAUGUUAGGUAAACAAGCCAUCUUCUUCCACCAAGGUGACUAUCACGCUAAACUCAGGAAGCUUGUUCUUCGUGCCUUCAUGCCUGAUUCUAUCAGAAACAUGGUUCCCAAUAUCGAAUCUAUCGCUCAAGAUUCUCUCCGUAACUGGGAUGGAACAAUGAUCAACACUUACCAAGAAAUGAAAACUUACACCUUCAACGUGGCGUUGCUCUCGAUCUUCGGAAAAGACGAGGUUUUAUACAGAGAAGAUCUAAAACGAUGCUACUACAUUCUCGAGAAAGGUUACAAUUCGAUGCCAGUGAACCUCCCCGGAACACUCUUCAACAAAUCCAUGAAAGCUCGCAAGGAGCUCUCACAGAUCCUCGCCAGAAUCUUAUCAGAGAGAAGACAAAACGGUUCCUCACAGAACGAUCUACUCGGAUCAUUCAUGGGAGACAAAGAAGAGCUGACCGACGAACAGAUCGCCGACAACAUCAUCGGAGUCAUCUUCGCGGCCAGAGACACGACGGCGAGUGUGAUGACGUGGAUCCUCAAGUACUUGGCUGAGAAUCCCAACGUUCUCGAAGCCGUUACUGAAGAACAUAUGGCGAUAAGGAAAGACAAAGAAGAAGGAGAGUCUCUAACUUGGGGAGAUACAAAGAAGAUGCCAUUAACUCUAAGAGUCAUUCAAGAAACGUUAAGAGUGGCUUCAAUCUUAUCUUUCACAUUCAGAGAAGCUGUGGAAGAUGUUGAAUACGAAGGAUAUUUGAUACCUAAAGGAUGGAAAGUUUUACCCCUUUUCAGAAACAUUCAUCAUAGUGCUGAUAUUUUUUCAAAUCCUGGAAAAUUUGAUCCAUCAAGAUUCGAGGUGGCUCCAAAACCCAAUACUUUCAUGCCAUUUGGCAAUGGAACCCACUCCUGUCCUGGUAAUGAAUUAGCCAAGCUUGAGAUGUCUAUCAUGAUUCAUCAUCUGACCACCAAGUACAGCUGGUCGAUCGUUGGAGCGAGCGACGGGAUUCAGUAUGGGCCAUUCGCGCUCCCCCAAAACGGACUGCCCAUUAUGUUGGCCCGGAAGUCGGAGAUCGAAGCGUAGAAUGACUUACUUGCCCUUUAACUUUCUAUAUUUGGAAAGAGGAGAGAAAACAAAAAAAAAAUUCUUACGCAGAGAUGGAGAUGGAUGAAAAAAAAA